GUCGACGCUCCUAUCCCACUUCAUCACUUCGUCAUCGCCUGUCAUCGCAUACACAAGUGCAUCACACUCAACAUCAUCCUUCAACGUUCAACCAAUCUGACGGGACUCUUUGUGCUCCGCCGUUUGUUUUUAUCCACAAUGAGGGAAUGGGGCUGCUCUGGAAGAUCCAACGAAGAGCUCAUCAACAACUUGAGCACUCUCCGUGACAUGGACGGCAUCGGAACGAUUCUUAGCUCUGAACGCGUAAUAGCUGCGAUGAAGAAGGCCGAUAGGAAACAUUAUGUGCCCGAUCCGAGUUCGGCAUACGAGGAUAGGCCCCAGCCGAUACCGUACGGUGAUGGUGCAACUAUCUCAGCACCGCAUAUGCAUGCUCACGCUGUGGAGCAUCUCGCCGAGAAGCUUCAGCCCGGGGCUCGCGUUCUCGACGUUGGUUCCGGUUCUGGAUAUCUCUGCGCCGUUCUACACCACCUCGUCUCUCCAGACGGCGAGAAGAAAGGCAAAGUCGUUGGCAUAGACCACAUGCCAAGGCUUGUACAGUGGAGCGUGGAAAACCUUAAGAAAGACGGCCUCAAGAACGAUACAGUAUUCGUCGACACGACCAAGGGUGACGAAGUUAGUCCCGCUGAUGGAAAGCUUACGAUGGUCUGCGGUGAUGGAAGACAAGGAUACCCUCCCGGUGCGCCUUAUGACGCUAUCCACGUCGGUGCAGCUGCUCCGACGAUGCCUCAAGCUCUCAUUGACCAGCUCGCUAACGACGGUCGCAUGUUUAUUCCCGUUGGUCCUGAAUAUGGUCUACAACACAUUGUCCAGGUGGACAAGAAUGGUAGGGGCGAAGUAACGAAGCGGAACUUAAUGGGUGUUGCUUAUGUCGGACUGAAAGACAGGCCAGCCUAGUAAUUUCAUGAUUGUAUGAUUUGUUUCCCCGAUGUGAAGUAGUUCACUUACUUGACAGUACAUGAGGGUGGGCAACUGCUGUAAGUGACGGCGCGCGGGAAAAAGGCAUCGGUUACCUAUUUAGGAUGCAUGCGCUGUGAUACCUUUGAAGCCGCAGAACGCAGCUCGCUCGACAGUCCAUAGUAGUGUUUAGCACAUGUACUACGGUGUCAAAAAUGUAUGAUAGGGUUAAGUACACCUUAAUUCAGAUUUUGUUGGG